UCUUUCAUUUGUCACAUGACAUCUGCAGCGGACUUGCUGAUGGACUUCUUCAAGAGAACAAGCCACAAGCCAUCCUGCCUACUCGACCUGUCCUAUCUGAUUGGCUUAUGUUCCUUCAUGAAUGAAGAUAUUGUCAAGCUGGUGGACCGAAUGGAAGCAUCACUAAAAGUGGCACUGCCCGACAGCUGGCAAAGGCCUCCCGACGUCAGUGCUAUGCAGAGGCAUUUGACCAUUUGCCAGCUGCGGCACUAUUCAAACGAUGGCAGCCAUCUUUCUUUAGAGGACCGGUUACAUGUGGUGAGGGAGCUGUUUGCCAGCUACCAGCACGGUCUCCAGUUUGGAGCGGAGCUGCUGGCGACCGACUUCCAGCCGGCGGAUAAUUAUGCCGUCCUAGCUGGCUGCCUCCUGCUUGAGCACUGGCAAGAAUCAGGUCCGAGCAGUAGAUGGGCUGAGUAUUACU